AUAUCUAGGUUGGCCCAUUCUUCAUGUAAUGGCAUUACUAUUUACUAGUGGAGUACCAACCCAAAUCAUACCACAUUGUCUAUUGAUAUUAAACAAAGAUCAAUUGUAGAGUACUAAACAUCCUAAAGCUUUUUUUCUUUAAGUCCUACAAUAAAGCAACCAUUCUACAUGAUUGACAUGAAUUCUCUUCUCACAAUCUCCUUUGUCAUACGAUUCACCUCAAAUACACUUACAGUCAUCAAAUCAGUAUCCCAUUCAAAUACACUCAAAGUCAUCAACCUAGUAUCCCACUUAUGUCAGGUUCCAAGGGAAGAAGGGUAGCAGACAUAUCACCUUAAAUAAACUAAUUCUACUAAUCUUCAUACCAAUUUUUGGUAUUCUCGCAAUUAUCCUUGUACUUUGAUUUAUAUACAAUCUUCAAGAUUACUUUGCAUAGAAUUAAAGCUAGCAAGCCGGUUAUGGCGUGGGCCCCACCUCGGCAUCACCACCUCAAUGAACCAUCCCCACCCACCACAAUCACACUACAGGGGAGCGGGCCUAAUGAUGUAAGUGAUCAUAUAAAUAUCGAUGCUAACAUGGUGAUCAUCCUAUCAGUCUUACUGUUUGCCUUGCUAUGUGCUCUUGGGCUCAAUUCCUUUGUUCGAUGUGCUCUCCGUUAUUGUUCAAACUGGCACCGUAACCAUCACCGUGAAGUCGGGCCUAUAAUCGGGCCUUACACAGGGACACUUAAUCGAGGACUUAAGAGGAGCACCAUUAGGCAAAUACCAACAACAAAUUACCAAAUGGAUUCAAGUGGCACGACGAGGGUGAAUAAUAUUGUGAUGUCCACGGAUUGUAUGGUUUGCUUAGGGGAGUUCAUAGAAGGGGAGAAAAUAAAGGUGUUACCAAAAUGUAAUCAUGGGUUUCAUACCAAAUGUAUUGAUACUUGGUUGCUUUCUAAUUCAACAUGUCCUACAUGUCGGCAUUCGCUAUCCGGAUGGGUAGGGAAUGGUGCCGUCGUGGUGUCCAUGACCAUGGCAAAUCAAGGUGUCCAAAGUCAUUAAAUUGAAUAUAUAACAUAUUAUUCAACUAUAAAUAUUAGUUUAAACUUCAUUAGCUUAGUCACGAUAAAAAAAUAAACAUUAUGUGCUAAAAAUUUAGAUGGAUUUUCUCCAAGUGGUCACAAAAAAUAUGCUCAAGUUAUGUAUAUAGUAUCUCUCACAUUACCAUGUACAUGAAUGUAUAGAUAGUGUCUAUAUAUUGUUGUAUAGCCAUAGGCGGAUUCACCAUAUAACAUUGGGUACUAAAGAUUACUUAUGCUUUUUUUUUAAAAUAAUAUUAAUAUUCCUAUUUUUAGAAAAAUA